AUGUCCCGGGACAGGGUGGUCCAGCUGGCCCCCUCCACUCUCGCCCUGGUGCUGUGCAGACUGGACGGCACCGGGACGGAGGAGAAGGGCAGCCAAGUCUUCCAGGACUUCCAGGCUGCCAAUGCGAGGUGCUUCUGGAACAGGAGGUUGGUCCGGGCCGUGGCAGAGGUGUCCUUCCAGGGCUGGCUGGAGAGCUGGGUGCUGCUGGUCCAGGGCCAGAGUGCCAACCUGGAGGUGCUGCGAGACGCCUGGGUCAGGAGGGCGCUGAGACCCCCGAGGGGCUUCCUCAUCACUGCACUGGGUGAUGUGUCUCCAGUGCAGAUGAAUCCCGUAUCUCAGUCUCAGUUCAUUCCCCUGGCAGAAGUACUGUGCUGUGCUAUAUCUGAUAUGAAUGCAGCCCAGAUCCUAGUGACACAGGAAUCCCUAAUGGAGCAGCUGAUAAAACAUUACCCAGGUAUAGCUACACCAUCCCAGGAGAUUCUGUAUUCUACUCUUGGAACGCUCAUCAAAGAAAGAAAAAUAUAUCACACUGGAGAAGGCUACUUCAUAGUGACUCCUCAGACUUACUUUAUCACUAGAAAGCCCGUGUCACACAGUAAAUAUGGGGCAGCUGAGGAUUUUUGCGUUUCUCCACCAGCCAUCACUUAUCUCGUCAGCAUGGAGAGCUGUGCAGAUCUGACGAAAGCUAAUAAUGUUCCUUCAGUAUCACACUGCAGAUCCUGCAGCUGCUUCUCUGAAAACUCCACCCAUAAUAUACUAGGACAACAGUCCAUCAAUGAGGGUAAUGGAAAAGAACACAAGUCAGUCAAAGAUUCAAAGCCUUCUGUUCAAAAUCAGGCAACAUCCACAUCCCGGGAUCAUCACACAUGCAUUAAAACUAAACCACAACAUUCACAAAAAGAAAAAUGCAAUAAAAAAUUUGGAAUCGGUCUCUUUUGGCGCAAUGUUGCCAAGAAAGAAAAAUCCAAAAAAGAGUUGGUAAGCUUCACAGCACAAUUUCCACCCGAGGAAUGGCCGGUCCGGGAUGAAGAUAAUCUAGAUAAUAUCCCUCGUGACAUAGAACAUGAAAUAAUUAAACGCAUCAACCCUGUUUUAACUGUGGACAACUUGAUGAAACAUACAUUGAUGAUGCAGAAAGCCGAGGAACAGAAAAAGUACUUCAGUAAAGGAACCUCAACAGAGAUAUUAAAAAACAAAAAUGCACAUAAUCUUAAAGGAAGUAACAAAAAGAAAAACAAUAGGUUAUCAAAACAUAACAAAAAAGUGCAAUCUAACAAAGAAAAAAAUAGGAAAGACCCAAGGUUGACCAUGCAAGUAGAACUAGAUGUGCCAAGGCAAUUACAGCACCAGCCCACCGUGAUAGAUGAUAUAAGUGUUCCAGAUGUAUUCACUGCUGGUAACGAAGAUGGUAACAAGCCUGAUGUUAUAUACAAAAAGCAAAUCUGUAAUCCGUUUGAGGGUAUCUCCUACAGAGAUAACAACAUCAUCAGUGGAUGCAAACCUAUGAAAGAGGUUAAGAAAUGCAGAUCUGGUAAGGACAGGAAAAAUAUGUCAAGGCCAAAGUCUCUAGACUGCUCAGGCUUGAAUGUUGAGGCUGAAACCAGACUUCUAAAAGCUGAGAGGCCUGAAGAAGAAUAUUGUCAGGAUCUGUAUCAUGAUCAGAUAGUGCCAGUAAAUGAGAAAGAUGAUUUAAGAGAAUACCCUCCUAGUUACCCUCAAUGCAGUACCUUGAGGAUAGACGAUAAGUUUAAGCACAUUAAAGAACACUGCUCCGCACUAGGUGUACCAGGUGAAGAUGGAAGUCCAGUUUUUGGUGACAAUCAAACAAAGGUAUUGGUAAAAUCAGAAAGGACUUGGGAACAUGAAGUAGGGAAUCCUUAUUCAGCUGUGUCGUAUUGCAACAAGGUGACCUCAAUCAAUGAAUCAUUACAACAUGCACAAACAAGCCUUUGUAGAAGUAUAAAUUCUUCAAAAAGUUUUGGUAGAUCAAAUGUUGGUGCAUUAGAGAAAAAUGAGCCAGAAUCCCAUGUCUGUUAUUCCGCAAGUGAAAUUAACAGUAAAGAAUUACCAAAAUACACAAUAUUUUCCAGUUCUCACAAUCAGGAGCUUGUUGAGGAAGAUCAGAUGUUUUAUAAGAAGGAGGACAAUGAUGCCUCAAGUUCCUUCUACUUUGAAGGUGAUACUGAUGAACAUAUUGGAACGUGUCAGAGCCUCGAAAUGUGCAAGCAAAAUAGGAAUCACAAUUUGUAUGAUCUACACGAAGAAAGCCAUGCUGCACUAGAGACAACUCCAAGUCACUGGGACCCAACUAGGCAAUCAGUACAUCAGUUUUCUUCAACCAGCCAUCACCAAGAAGACUAUACGUCAUCCGUCUUCUCUUCUGACAGUUCUCAAAGUUAUAGUAGACCUGCUCUACAUGUUAAAGGAAGUUCUUGUCAGCCAUUGUCUCAGUAUGUUCUGCACCAUCAAGAAGUUGAUGUGGAUACUGCUGAAUGUAUUCAACCUGAGCUUUGUGAAGGAAGUAUAUUUGAUUACUGCAAUUCCAGUGACUGUAACUCUAUGGCAGAGACUGUCCAGACAUCCAUUAAAGGAAGUGAGGAGAAACCAGUGAAUAACUCAGGACAACAAUCAGUAGAAGGAAGAACAUGUUAUGAGCACACCUUGAAGUUAUUUAACCCAAAGAAUAAUCCAUUGGAAGCUAACCAAAAUGAAAACCAUAGUACCACAGGAGACAGUGGAAUUGAAUCUCCACGAACUCGGAUAAGUCUAGCAUCUAAUAAUUCUGUUCUUUUUGAGAAGCUAAAGAAAAGGACAUUUCUACAGAACCUAGAAGUCAACGGUGGGAACAAGAAUGAAGGACUGCUUAAUUCUAGCUCCCUAAUGCAGUUGACCCCUGCUAUGAAUGUGUAG